UUUAGUGUCAACGAUAAUGUCAAUUGUCAAUAUACAUGGAAUGGAAUAUGAGGAAUGUGGACAGAACUAAUUUGCGUGCUUCAAUUUUAUAUAUUUAGAGAAAAUGAUAAUUUACAAAUACUUUUUGAUCUAAGAAGAAAGUUUGCAAAAUGAAAUUAAUUUAUAAAAAUAUCGAUAAGGAUGGCAGUGGGAGCAUUGCGCUCAUACCAGAGGAGUCUGAGGAUAUGUGGCAUGCAUAUAACCUCAUCGCAGAAGGAGAUUCCGUUACAGCAUCUACAGUUCGAAAAGUACAGAAUGAAUCAUCUACUGGAUCAUCAACAAGUAGCAGAGUUAGAACUACUCUCACCAUUUCUGUUGAAAAUAUAGAUUUUGAUACACAAGCAUGUGUUUUACGUUUAAAAGGUCGAAAUAUUGUGGAGAACCAAUAUGUUAAGAUGGGUGCAUACCAUACACUAGAUUUAGAAUUAAACAGAAAGUUUCAUUUACAAAAAAUCCAAUGGGACUCGAUAGCUUUGGAAAGAGUUGAUAUGGCAUGUGACCCUGCCACUUCUGCCGAUGUAGCCGCAGUAGUGAUGCAAGAAGGUCUAGCUCAUGUUUGUCUCAUAACAUCAUCAAUGACAUUAGUCAGGUCUAAAAUAGAUGUGACAAUUCCGAGAAAAAGAAAGGGUUUUGUUCAACAACAUGAAAAGGGGCUAGCAAAGUUCUAUGAAGCUGUAAUGCAAGGUAUCUUAAGACAUAUAGAUUUUAGUGUUGUAAAGUGUAUAAUUUUGGCAUCACCUGGCUUUGUUAAGGAUCAGUUUUAUGACUAUAUGAUGCAGCAAGCAGUGAAGACAGAUAAUAAAUUGCUGAUUGAGAAUAAAUCCAAGUUUCUGCUUGUCAAAGCUUCUUCAGGAUUUAAACACUCAUUAAAAGAGGUGCUACAAGAACCUUCUGUGAUGGCUAAGAUAUCAGACACAAAAGCAGCUAGUGAAGUAAAAUUAUUAGAGAGUUUUUAUACAAUGUUACAAUUGGAACCAACUAAAGCUUUCUAUGGCAAGAAAGAUGUGAUGCGAGCCAAUGAGGCUCUUGCUAUUGAAACUUUAAUGAUCUCUGAUAAGCUCUUCAGGUGUCAAGAUAUACAGAAAAGGAAAGAAUAUGUUACUUUAGUUGACUCUGCAAGGGAGAAUGGUGCUGAUGUCAGGAUAUUUUCAAGUAUGCAUGUAUCUGGUGAACAGUUAGAUCAGCUAACAGGAGUAGCAGCAAUUUUGCGAUUUCCAAUGCCAGAACUCGAAGACAGCGAUGUCGAAGACAACAGUGACUCAGAAACUGAUUAACUUAUUAAUGAUAUAUAUUUAGUAAUAUUAUAGCCUGAAUUCAAGAGAAAUAGUUUUAUACACUUAUAGCCUCAAUUUGUUAUUGUAUGUAGUUAAAAUUGUGAAUAAGAAUUAAUUGCCUAAACACAAUUCAUGAAUGUUUGUCAAAUAGACAUUUGAAAUAAUAAAAAAUGCUGGAGUCUACAUUUAGUGGAGACCUGAAGUUCGCCGUUAGAAAAAGUUUCAAGUUGCCAUCAAUUCCAUAUGCGCUAAAAGUUAUUUUGGGGUCAUAGGUCUAAAUUAGAAGUAUUGCGUUUUUUUUUACGCACUUAAUUUUUUCGAAAAUAUUACUCAGCCCAAGGAUUUUAUCAAUAUUUGGUUCUCUGGCAUUUUUUGUUAUUUUUCUGUUUUUGUCUUAUUAAAUGAGCAUUGAAUAUGAGACAUGCUAUUAUUUAAAUUGACUUGUUUUAAAUUUUAUUGUUAUUUAUUGUACCUACCAUUAAUGAUUUGGUCAUGUAAAAAUGUAGAAUACAUUGUAGUUAGUAAAAUAUUUUUGUCACAUUCUAUGUAAGUUGUUAUCUUUGUUUGCAGAUAUGCAGGUUGAUAUUUAAAAGGAUGUUAGCUGAAAGACAUUUUAUGUACUUACAUGUAUAUUUUUCAAGCAUACAUUUUCGAUCUUAAAAGUUGUUUAUUUUUAUCCCUUGAAACCUAUUCAACUGUCUCAGAAAAUAAAAUAUUUGUUAAUUCAAUUUUUAUAAUAUGGCUAAUGGUAGUCAAUAUUUAAACAAUAGAAUAAUAUUCAGAUAUUUUAAUAAUAUCAAGAUUUAAGUUAUUUUAUGGGAAAACGCAUCUGUUAUGUAUAUUGCAUAAGGCUUAUCUUAUUUUGAUCUAAUAUAAUAUAUCUUUA